AUGGCUACUGCGGGCUACACGCCGCUCGAUGCUCCCCUCUUCCCUACUCAUGAAGACCCCGUCUUUACCGAUCUCCAAUGGGACUCUUUGCUUUCGCUGUGCGAUGUGGUUAUUCCUGCUCUAACCACGGAGAAAAGACCUGAAAAACCAUACCAAAAGGAAAUAACUUCUGAAGAAUACGACUCUGCAUUUAAAUCUAUCACCGAAACACUCAAGACUUCAGAUGCGGCUCAAAAAGCCCGCCAAUUUCUAGAAGAGAAUGUAUCUUCCAAUCCGCUGUUCAAAGAAGCUGUCCGCCGACUUUUUUCGUUAUAUGUGCCCCAGGACUCAAAAAAAGGCCUGUCUUUGAUUCUGACUGCACUAAACACCCGCGCUGGAUCCCUGCUCUUGACCGGGUCAUCGACACCCAUUCAGAACCAGUCCUUUGAUGCGCGAGAAAAGGUCCUGAACAACUGGCUGUCCUCUAGACUACCACAACUACGUCAGGUCGGCAGAUCUGUGAUGCUCUUGGCAAAACGUCAAUGGCUUAUCAAUAGUCCAACCUCUAAUGAAAUUAUCGGUUUCCCUCGCGUGCCAGUCUACGGCAAGCCAGCAGACACCUUUGAUUUCCAAUUUCUUCAAUUCCCUCCUGGCGAUGGAGUCGAAACUAUUGAAACCGAUGUUGUGAUUGUCGGUAGUGGCUGCGGUGGUGCUGUCGCAGCAAAGAACCUGGCCGCGGCCGGCCAUCGUGUGGUUGUUGUCGAAAAAGCCUAUCAUUAUCCAUCUUCCUACUUUCCCAUGACCCAGGGCAGUGCGUUCGCUCAUAUGUUUGAGCAAGGAUGUAACCUCAUCACCAACGACGGUUGCAUGGGCGUACUAGCCGGAGCAACCUGGGGUGGCGGCGGCACUGUCAACUGGGGAGCUUCGCUUCAAACACAAAACUACGUGCGCCAGGAAUGGGCGGACACUGGCCUCCCAUUUUUCACAUCGCCCGAAUUCCAGAACUCGCUAGACCGGGUAUGCCAUCGAAUGGGCGUACACACCGAAUAUGAACAGAGUUUCCAGAAUAAAGUCACCCUUGAAGGAUCACGGAAAUUAGGAUACAACGCACAGAUCAUUCCUACAAAUUCGGGUAAUGCGCCUCAUUAUUGUGGACACUGUACCCUCGGUUGUCACACUGUAGGCAAGCAAGGCCCCGUUGCAUCAUGGCUCGUCGAUGCUGCAAAGGCUGGUGCAUUAUUCAUUGAAGGAUUCACAGCCGACAAAGUUCUAUUCGACAAUGUCGAGGGUAAAAAAGUAGCCGCUGGAGUCGAGGGUGAAUGGACAUCUCGAGAUACCCAUUUGGGAACGUCAAGCAAGGACGUUACACGUAGGAAGGUUCAAAUCAAAGCCAAAAAGGUCAUUGUAUCAUGUGGCACCUUGAAUAGCCCACUGUUGUUGAUGCGCAGCGGUAUCAAGAACAGCCACUUGGGACGGAACCUUCACCUACAUCCUGUCAUGCUGGGUGCCGCGGUGUUUGAAGAACAGACUCAACCAUGGGAAGGUGACUGUUUGACAACAUUGGUCACCGACUUUGAGAACCUGGAUGGUCAUGGCCAUGGUGUUAAGAUUGAGAACGUAGCAAUGGUACCUGGCAUGUUCUUGGCCGCAUUUCCGUGGUUCAGCGGCCUACAGUACAAGAAGUUUGCGGCCAACCUGGGCCGCAUGGCCGGGUUUAUCGCUUUGACUAGAGACAAAGACACAGGCCGCGUGUAUCCAGACCCCAUAAGCGGCGGACCGCGGGUUGAUUAUACUACAUCAGCAUUCGACCGCAAACAUAUCCUCGAAGGACUCAUCGCCGCUGCAAAGAUAGCAUAUGUUAGCGGAGCUAAAGAGUUUCAUACCUCGUAUCGUGACAUGCGACCUUUCAUACGAUCGAAAAAGACCGAAACAGCAGAGGCAGACGAUAUCAACACUACCGACGGCGGCAUCAACGACCCAGAAUUCCAGGCCUGGAUUCGUGAAUUCCGCAAAAAGGCACCUUUGGUAGCGGAAUCCGGCACAGCAGCUAGCGCUCACCAAAUGGGCACAUGCCGAAUGUCCGAUUCUCCCAGAAAGGGAGUCGUUGACCCCGAUGGUCAAGUCUGGGAUACCGAGGGACUCUACGUCGCAGAUGCAUCUGUGUUCCCUAGUGCAAGUGGCGUGAACCCAAUGGUCACGAACAUGGCUAUCACGGACUGGACAAGUCGAAAGUUGGCAAAUGCAAUGAAUAGGACGAAGUUAAGCCAGACUGGCGGUGCUCGACUUUGA